CGGAAGCAUUUAAGCGUCGCACCAGGCUGUCACUUUGCGAUGGCAGCAUGCGCCAACGGCGCUGAUGCGAAUGAGGACGUCUGCGAUCCUGGUGCGGCUCCCUAUGGAAACUUUAUCAACUAUUACUCUUUUAACCCACCAGAGAACCGAUUAAGUCUCAUUCCCCGCACGCUUCUCCGGGAUUUAGGUUACAACGACAACCGUCAAACAACACUGCUGCUGGACGUGGGCUGCAAUUCGGGGGAACUAAGUGCAGCCCUCUACAAACAUCUGGUGGAGACACCAAGCAGAACCAACGUUCACCUCCUGGGCGUGGACCUGGACGAGAGCCUCAUUCGGCGAGCCAGAGAGAACAACACUCUCCAGGACGGCAUCACCUUUGCCCCGCUGGACAUCACUGGUGACUGCGUUCCGCUCCGGGAGCACCUGGCCCGACACGGCUGCUCUGUCUUCCACCUGACCCUGUGUCUGGCCGUCACCAUGUGGGUCCACCUGAAUCACGGCGACGCCGGCCUGUUGCAGCUCCUCUCCCGCCUGGCCACGUUCAGCCGGCACCUGCUCCUGGAGGCCCAGCCGUGGAAGUGCUACCGUUCGGCGGCCCGCAGGCUUAGGAAGCUGGGGCGCUGCGAUUUUGACCACUUUAAGAAGUUUAACGUGCGAGGGGACAUGAGCCAACACGCCAGGGAGCAUCUGGAAAAACACUGCGACAUGGAGAUGGUACGCAGUUUGGGCAGCACCACCUGGGACAGGAAGUUGUUGCUUUUUAAGCGGAAGUGACUGACAGUGGAAGUGCCAGUCUCCACCCAAAAGAACACAAAUUUGACAGUUUUUUACUUCAUACAAUAAAAGCAUUAACAUAAUUAAAUGAAUUCAUUUACGGUAUUUUUCACACUAUUAGGCGGACUUAAAAAAAAUUUUUUUUGAAUGCUAAUAGCAUUUAAACAAAAAAAACAUGUAAUUGAAAUAUUCAAACAAAACAACGAAAUGUAAUGUUUUGAAGCUGUAAAUCAGUGUGUCAUUUUAUUACUUAUAGCUGCAUAAAGACAUUAAUAAAAAGUG